GCAUCGUCGAACAAGAGAACACUCACUGCGAGGAAAUGCAAGGCACUGCCAUGCACCAGCGUCAGCAACCGCAGGUUCCCAUUACCCUGAGAGGGUCGUCUGAACUCGUGACGGAGUUCUUUGGCUUUUGCAUCAACAAGUACGUGAUCGUUCCAUCCCAUGUGAGUUGAACGUGCCCCAGCAUCCUGUAUCAACGAGGCAUUUACCCCCCGGAAACAUUUACUCGAGUCCCCAAGUACGGUCUUGCAAUGGUCGUCACAGCCGACGAGAAACUCAGCGCAUAUCUCAAGAGCGUCCUCGAACAACUGGCUGGAUGGCUCGUAGAGAGUCAAGUGCAGAAAACCGUCUUGGUGGUCACCAACGCAAACACGGACGAAGUUCUCGAGCGAUGGAUGUUUGACAUCCAUGCGGACUCGCCGCACCCUACUUCCCACAGCGUCCAACCUGUGGAUAUCAAACCUGUCAAAGACAUCGUGAACGAAAUCCAAGCGAUCAUGCGCCAGAUCACAGCGAGUGUGUCCUUCCUGCCAUUGCACAACGACCCGUGCACAUUCGACCUGCUCGUGUACACAGACAAGGACGUGCAUGUGCCUCAAACAUGGGAGGAAUCGGAUCCGCGACUAGUCGAGAACUCCGUCGAAGUCCGGCUGCGCUCGUUCACCACCAAGGUGCACAAAGUGGACGCCAUGGUCGCGUACAAAGACCCGGACACGACCAUCUAGCUCAUUGGGCUCGGGCCAUGUCAUUGGAUGGAUCCAUCAUAUGCCAUUUUUCUGAGGGUGCCGACCUCAAUGCAAAGAGUAGCGUUAGAGUAUGCUGUGCUUAUGUGGUUUUAUCCUUUGCAAACUUUGUCGCAAGUUUUCCAAUCUCGGCCUUGAACGUGGCUUCAUCGAAAUGGCCUUCCUCGUCAAAGAACCUCCCAACGUACAGCUUCUCCUCGACGUGCUUGCUUGAAUUCACCAAGGACUCGAUGCCAACCGUGUAAUACUCCUGGAAUUUCGGGAACUGCGCGCGUACGACGCAUUUUUCGUUGUCCUAAGGUAGUAGUAGAUUAGAAGAUUGUUGUGAAUCGAUGACGCAUGAUAUGCCA